ACCCCUUGAAGAACCCACGCGAGUUUCCCCAGUUGCCGAGCUCGCAUUUCGUCGAGCAUUUGGAGGUCGGCUCCCCAUUUCUCUGCAGCGAGAACCUCUCGAGCUCCUCUCGGCGAGGCCUCGUGCUUGCUUCGUGCGCAGAAGAUGUGGGCAAGCGCGGAAGGAGGUCCUCCCGAGGUCACUCUCGAGACCUCCAUGGGUUCUUUCACUAUCGAGCUAUACUUCAAGCAUGCGCCGAGAACUAGCAGGAACUUCAUCGAGCUCUCUCGGAGAGGUUACUAUGAUAAUGUGAAGUUUCACCGCAUCAUCAAGGACUUCAUCGUGCAAGGUGGGGAUCCCACCGGGACGGGAAGGGGUGGAGAAUCAAUUUAUGGUAAAAAGUUUGAGGAUGAGAUAAAACCAGAAUUGAAGCACACGGGUGCUGGUAUCCUGUCCAUGGCAAAUGCUGGACCAAACACCAAUGGUAGCCAGUUCUUUAUUACUUUGGCACCAUGCCCUUCACUUGAUGGAAAACACACAAUAUUUGGACGAGUAUGCAGAGGAAUGGAGAUUAUCAAAAGACUUGGGAGUGUUCAAACAGACAACAAUGAUAGACCAAUCCAUGAUGUGAAGAUACUGCGGACAUCAGUAAAAGAUUGAUUUCGAGGAAGGAGUUAAUUUUCACUGACUGGUUGUUCUGCGAUACCGUCUUUCAACCGCACAUUGAUAAUGGAGCCAUAUUUGUAACUUUUGUAAUAUUGUGCAAUGGCGUUAGUAUCGUCUGAUGCAUGUUAUUGCCAGUGACUUCUCUUCGUCAGGAUUAUGUCAGCUUGGGACAAAUUUGGGGCAAUUUCAUGGCAUAUGAACUCAACAGGAUCUACUCUUGCAGUGAAUGUUAAUUUUUCUCCUGGGGUCGAAUAUGUCAGAUUUUGGUGUUUCGCCAGAAGAGCAGUGAAUACUAGUUCGAGCAAGACUUCGGAUUUGCGUGUUUA